CGUUCGUUCGUUCGUUCGUUCGUCGUCCUUCAGAAACGUAUCAUUACGAAGGCGUGAAAAAACGAGCGAGCAGAAACCACAGGCAUAGUCUACAUUCAAGUUUCGAUGGGCGACACAUCGCAUAACUAGAAUGAUUGUCACCACCAACCAGCAGAGGCAGAGUGUUAAAUGCGCGAAAUUCAUCUGCUCCCGCUAGAAACACAGACUGGAGCAAAAGGAUUCCCGUUUACAAACACCGUGACCAUGAACAGCAAGGGAAUCCGAAUACGUCGCUCGCGGAAACGCUACAGGCGCAAACGCGCGUACCUUAUUUUUUCGUUGUGUGGAUGCUUACUCUUCCUUAUUUUCUUGUAUCGAAGGGAGGCAACCCUCAACAGAGCACUUCCACGCUUUUUGCGGGAAGUCAAACGAAGCUCGGUGAACUGGGGAGCACGACUUGUUGUUGCUCGCUCUCGACCGAAAUACAAUACCAGCUCGGAAGAGUUAAACGUCUUCGUCAUUACGCUCCAACGCACUCCAGCGCGUCGUGCCCAGCUAAUUCACAACUUGACACAGGCAGGUGUUGCCCACAAAAUCUUUUUCGCAGUGGACGGGCUUCUUCCCCUCAACGGUGACGACAUUUUGAAGUAUGCUGGGCUUCGCAAACGGUCGAGGCUGACAUCCCUCGAUGUCCUUAGGGCUCACUCUCCGUCGCCAGAGCUGGAUCUGAUGAUUCACGAACGCCUCAGAUUUGGUUGUUACAUAUCCCACGUUCGCUUGUGGGAGCACCUUGUAAACUCUGAGUUGCCGUUUGCUGUCAUCCUCGAAGAUGAUGUAAUAAUACUCGAGCGAUUCGACUACUCACUGAGACACUUGAUUCGAAAUUUGCCGGAUAACUGGGACAUUUUUUACUUGAACAGUUGUUUUUCAAAGCUUGGGGGUCUUCUUCGACCCGGGAUCUUUCAACUCAGGGGCGCCCUUUGCACUUAUGGAGUACAGCUCUCAGCAGUGAGAAGCCAGUGGAUCACAUGCUUGACGAAGCGAUCUUCAGCAGAUCGUUGACAGCGUAUCAAGCUUUGCCACCAUUGAUUUUGCCGCGUUUAUAUACAUCAACGUUGGCGUAUCCUCAUGGGCGUUCUAUUUGAUAUUAAUGUUUCUCCUUUCUCCGUGUUUGCAUUCGACCCCCACACAUCAGUUCCUCGAGAAACUUGGAAAACUUCAGAAGAUUGCACACAGUUUCCUUCUUUUCUGGAUAACAGCCAAAGACGUGUGGCACCUCCUCGGCCGUCAAUCUACGAAUCAAUUCCGAUGAAGAGCUCCAGUCUGACAAAAUUAGACCGCGCGAUACGGCACUAAGGGUGAAGAACUCGACUAGCGUGUUUUGGAGACAUGUUACCCCACGCCUUGAAGGCCCUGUGCAAUCCUUGGCGCUCAACGAAAUAAUUUUGUCACCAAAAACUUUUUGGAGGCCGAUGAUAGCUUUAUUUUCAUCACUGGUGACGAGAAAUGAUGCGUCCUGAUCUCUUUCUAACGCUGAUUUGAUGUGAGGAAUAAAUGCAUUGUAGUGGCAGCGGUCGCGAUUACGCUUCACAGGGCCCAUGGCACUACUGCCUGCUGAAUGGCCCUCAGAAAGAUUGUAUAUCCCUGGCACGUCUAUCUCAAUAUUCGACUGCAUCCGAAUAUGCACUCCGAUGACCACCUGGUUUUUCUUUAACCUCUCGGUCAAUUCGGACACCCUGUGGUUGACCACUGUAAUCGGUCGAAGCUUUUGUAUCUCUCCUCUAAUGUCCUUUUCUGAUACAACGGUUUCAGAUUGAAGAACAUAUGCGGACCUGACAUAUAUCGCUGACAGAGAUGUAUCCUUUAUGACUUUGUCUUUCCCCCCCUUGGAAUUGUAAUCAUAUAUGAUUGCAUGCAUAUGCAGCCUCUCCAAGGUCGACAAAAUGGCGAAGUCGAAGACAACAUGAUCAGUGAUAUCGAAAAGUUCUGAGAGACGUGCGUUGACGUGAACAUCUGGUAUCCACACGACUACCAAAUGUCGGCCACUUUUUCUUGCCAAAGCAGCGGCGCUAGCAUAAGCACGCAGACGAUUUCCAAGGCCGUGAUACGGUUCCACAAUCAGAAUAUUUGGGAAGACAUCGCGGAGGGUCAUCACCGCCUCCAGCUCUUGUGCAGUUUCCGGCCCAGAAAUACUGCCGUGUUGCUUCAUGCUGCCGGGGAAGACUAUAGUGUUUCCAUGCAGAAUUGCCCUUAGCGCCAAGAGUGAUGCACAAACUAACAGUGUGGAGCGUAAAACCCGUCGGUUCAUUUCCUUGGGAUCAACCCGAGAGAAAAUAUUCGAAGGUACGUAGGUAGCGUUCUUUUCUCACGCAUGUUCGACUUAAACGUAAGCUGUAGUCGCAAUAGAAUUCCGUGAAGCAAUUCUAUAGGUUCGUUUGCUGAGAACCCUCCCGACGUUCUUCCUGAGUGAAGUACGUCGACAGCGGCAAACCCAGAGCCGAGAAAGAGAAAUAAAUUAAACAGAUAAUAAUAAUAAUAAUAAAUCCCUCG